AUGGAGGAGAAGCGCCACGAGCGCCUGGCCAAGCGCCUCGCCGGCCGCAGGGGUAACAGCUUGCGCCCCCUCGCGCCCAACCUUGUCCCGGGCGUCAACCUCACCGGCCUGGGAGACUUCAUCUCCGGGAAUGACAACGGCGACGACAGCAACACUAAGCAGACUGUCUACUCUAGCAACUGGGCUGGCGCGGUCAUCAUCAGCAGCGGCAUUACUGAGGUCACGGGUACUUUCACCGUGCCGAGUGUGAGCGAGCCGGCUGGCGGUAGCGAUUCCACAGAGUAUGGUGCGAGUGCGUGGGUGGGUAUUGAUGGUGAUACCUGCGGUGCUGCCAUCCUCCAAACUGGCGUAGAGUGCCUCGUAGAGGGUACUGAGACCGCCUACUCCGCAUGGUACGAGUGGUACCCGGACUAUAGCUACACCUUCACCGACUUCGACGUUGCGCCCGGCAAUGUCAUCCGCGCCACUGUCCAGGCCACCUCGACCACGAGCGGCGUUGCGACCCUUGAGAAUCAGUCCACCGGCCAGAGUGUGUCGCACACAUUCAGCGAUGAAAGCAGCACCGGUACCCUUUGCGAGACGAAUGCUGAGUGGAUUGUGGAGGACUUCCAAAUCGGCUCUUCUCUCGUUCCCUUCGCCAACUUCGGCAGCGUCACCUUCACGGGCGCUUCCUACCAGUCCAACGGCGCUUCGCACGGCGUUACAGGCGCUACUAUCUUUGACGUCCAGCAGAACGGCCAGACGCAGACGGAUUGCGGUACUUCGGGUGAUUCGGAGGUUUACUGCAACUAUGAGGGAUAA